AGAUUUUUCAUUUUCCGAGUACUAGAACUAGAAUUUUUCGUGGGAAUUUCGCUCCGAGGGGAAUAACAGGUAUUAUUCAUUAAAAAAUCAAUUAUCUAAUAGAGUUGUUAAUAAUUAAUAAAUCACUAGUCUACAUGAAAAAAUAAAACAUCACCCGGGAGCUAGAUAUGGUAAAUCCAAGAGAGUUAGCGAAAAAAUGUCUAUAGAUGCAGAUUAUUCCAUUAUUUUUUGUCAUGCAUGAAUCAAUCUGAAUACAUCCCCAAUACUUCAGAUGUUUCUUCUCCAUAAAACAGAAGCAUCUCUCAAGAUGUCCGAGAUAGUCUGACAACGAUAAUUUUAUAAUAAAUAAAAAAAUAAAUAUUCUUCUCAGAAAAACCUAGAAUCUCCAGUGCAAUGGAGCAGUGAGGGCUCCUUUCCCCCUCUAAAUUCCACGUCAAUCCAAAAUUCCUGUGAAUUUUUCUUCCAAUUGAUCAAAAUCAUAAAAGAUGCCCUGUGACGGUAAAAACGAAAAUUGCGAGCGUCGUCGGGAGCUCCUGUCUCAGUUGAAAUGCCUGAUCAGCUCCAUGGACAAAAAAAAACCCUGCGAAUGGGACGAGAACCCGUGCGCUCCUCCUCUCUGCGUCUCUCGAGCUCAGCCGCAGUCUCCAGAUUGUCCGAUUGUUCUGAAACCCUGCAAAAGCUUUGAGCUUCGUAGCAGUAUGAUGUACCGGUGUGACUGCAUAAAGAGGAAUGGCCUUCAGGACAGAUGCAUGAUGUGGAAUUGCAUGGGACGACCGGAGUGCAUGACUAAGCUCUAUCCAGUCUGCGGACCUGGCAGGGCAGCUCUUUUGAAAUUGACUGAUUUAGGAGACAUGGCGGAGGCUCUCCAGAGAUUCUACAAUGCCGACAAGGCCAGAGAAUCUGCAAUGGCUGCUUAUUGCCGUCUGCUCUGUCCUGAUAUCAAUGCUAUCAUUCCACAACCGCCUAGCUGUCAACAGCCAUCGAGCUGUCAACAACCAUCGAGCUGUCAACAGCAGCAACCAGGAUGCCAACAAUCUCCAUGUGCCUAUCCCAGUUUCAUUCAGUGUUAAAUAAAAAAAAUGAAAAAAAAACAAAGAUAUUGAUUUUUAUUUAUUUUCCGAUCUUUAUGAUUACAAGGUCACCAGUUCGAUGUAAUC